GCGGCAGCGUUUGGCGUGAGAGCCGGAACGGGGCGGAGCGGUGCGCGGGCGGGAGGCCGCUGGGUCCAUGAGCGCUGCAGAGCCGCGCUGUGCGUGUCGUGGUGCCGCAUCGCCGAACAUGCUUAGUUUUUAACAGCGGGAUUUUCUUGUGACUAAUAGCAAGCAAAGAGUCCUGCUGAUGGUACUCCAAGAAGACCUGUCUUGUCUGUCAGUGCUAGAAAGAUUAAGGAUAAUGCAGCAGACUGGCAUAAUUUAAUGAUGAAAUGGGAGAGACUGAAUGAUGAUGGAUUUACUACAGCAAACAAAAUUGUCAACAUGAAAAUCAGUGAGCAUUUUAGGUUUCAAGAUAACAAAUUGGAGAUAGCAUGUGAUAGCAGUGCCACAGAGUCUGAGAAGCCAUCUCCAAAAUACAAUGAAGAGCUGGAUAGUUGCUGUGCAGAGUUACUUGAGACCUUAAAGCAUAUGACAAAAAUACAACUCAAAAUGGAAAAGCUGUCUUUGACUACUAAAGGAAUUUGUGACUUGGAAACAUUCCACCACGGAGCUGGGAAUUGCACAGCACCCCUAUUUCACACGUGGCCCACACCAUAUUUCUAUGAGGUCUCUCUGAAGCUCUCUGAAAUGUACAAGAAGGAGCUACAACUCAAGCAAACAAUUGUACAAGAUAUUGCUCAUUCUGCUGACCAGGAUCUGUUGAUGGUCUAUUUAUCAUCAUGGUUAUACCAGCCUUACAUUGAGAAUAGCAGCAAACUACUAUUAGAAUCCAUGCUCCUGGAAACAGGACAUAGACAGUGCUAGGACUGCAGACGUUACUUGGCUUGUUUCUGAAGAUACUUGCAUGAAAUUGAAAUGGCAAGUUUGCAAGGCUCACGAAGUAUGUUGAAUUUUUGUAAAACUUAUUAAAAAUAUUUUUCGCUAUUUGUAUUUAUUAUUUUGUCUCAGCUGAUAUUCUUUUUUCUGCAUGGGACAACCUGUUUUAGUUUGCUUUAUCCAUAUAAAGCUUGGCUGUGGUGCAGCAGUGACAAGAAAAGUUCUGGGUCCAACAGGUUGACUCUGCCGCUUCAUGAUUAGAGCAUUCAGUUGAGAUGAAGACAUAGAUUUUUGAGGAAAACAUGACCAAAUGCUGGAUAGUAUUUCCAUCUUAAUGAGGGCAGAAUAGCUCAGCUGUUCUUCAGCAGCUAACAGCUCAAACCUAAACAUUUGCUUUUAAGUUGUAAGUGGAUGGGAUAUAAUUUUCCCCAAUUUUUAACAGUAAUUAAUAUUUCUAAGUAUGUCACCAACUCUGCUUUGCAUUCAUAUUUUGUAUAGCUUGUUAUCUAAAAGAGAGGUGUCCAUGUCAUGCAAUCUUGUAGGAAUGUCGUUUGAUGCUGUUAUGAUAGUUUGGCGUGUGGUCCUGAGAAGUUGCUACAGGCAGUAGUGUACAUUCUGGUUUGGCUUGAUUACCCUGUGACACUUGAAGAGUGAUCCAAGCCUGAACUAGUACAUUUGGCAGGUUUAGUACAAAUCACUGUGCCACAACCGUUAUAUGAAAAGGUCUUGUCUCUUUUAAUCCUUGUAACCUUUGUAACCUUUUUCUUUUAGAGAUGUUUCAUGAAAGCUUCUAGUGAAUAAAAAAUAAAGCCCUGCUUCAGCCAUGUC